CAAGUUCAGCCUGCUCCUGAAGGUGAAGCCAAAAGAGCAACUCUGAUCCACCAACACCAAGUCUCUCUCAAGCAGCCAAGCACUCUUAAGCAAGGUCAAAAUGCUCUUCCAACCCAUCCUGACUAGCGCCCUCUCCCUUCUCGUCCUCUCCUUCGGCUUCACUUUUGCCGCGCCAGCUCCCGCUCCUGGCACCCCUAUCGCCAUCCGCGAAGUCUCAACCACCGAAACCCUCGACCCCCGCUCCUUCUCCUCCCGCAUAACCUGGUACAACACCGGCCUCGGCGCCUGUGGCACUUAUUCCAACGACGGCCAGCUCGUUGUCGCGCUGAACCACGACCAAUUCGACCCGUCCACGCCCAACGGCAACCCGAACCGCAACUCGCUGUGCGGCCGCCGGAUUAGAGUCAAUGCCAACGGCAGGAGCGUCACGGUUACGCUGGUCGAUCGGUGUACGCAGUGUCCGUAUGGUGGAUUGGAUUUGAGUCCGGCGGCGUUUUCGGUGUUGGCGAGCACGAGUGUGGGGGUGGUGCAGGGGAGUUGGGAUUGGGUUUAGGGCCCACGAAGAGCAUUGCCUAUCUUACGGGGGAUUUGGACAUUGGGACCUGGGAGAGAGUCAACCUAAACUUUUGAAAGCAGGUGGACUUGGCUGGGGUUUGUGGUGCAUGCCGGAGGGGACAUAAGCAUUGAAACUUGUGAGGGGCUUGAUGCUGGGCUGAGGGAUG